CCACAUUCUGAAGUUCUUUGUUAAGUAGUUUCUGAAGUUCAAAUUCAUUUUUGUGUGAUAGAAACAGGUUAGUGUCAUCUGCAAAGAUUACUUUAUGAAGGGUCUUUGAGGAAUUUUCCAGAUCAUUAAUGUAAAUAAUAAAGAGGAGAGGACCUAAUAUGGAUCCUUGUGGAACACCACAUUGAAUGUGUUUGUUUUCUGAUCUCUGUUCGUGAAUAGUUACAUAUUGUUGCCUCUGGUGUAAAUAACUCUUGAACCAAUUCAGUGGUUGACCUCUGAUUCCAUAAUGGUGCAAUUUAUACAGUAAUAUGGUAAAGUCGAUGGUAUCAAUGAUCUGUUGGCUGCACCAGUGAUGAUUUAGGUGUGUCCUGUGAAUGUAAGGAAUUAUUUUUUUUGUACAUUUUUAUUCAUUUAGCUGAUGCUUUUAUCCAAAACGACUUACAAUUGCUAUGUAUGUCAGAGGUCGCACACCCCUGGAGCAACUAGGCAUUGGUGGAUGUGUCAUAGUGGGGAUUUGAACCUGAGGCUCUCACACCAAAGGCAUGUGUCUUAUCCACUACUCCAUCACCACCACACCGCCCUCCAAACCAGGAGCUUCUCCUCAUUCAAAUUCAGCGUUCAACCUUGGGGAAAGUAUGAACUUUGAAACAGUAGAAGAGGUCGUUGAGCUGGAUGAGGAGGAGGAAAAGAAAGCGGUAACACCCAGGACAAGAGGCCGAACCAAGAAGAGAAGCAGACAGACCCCUGUGAGAAAAUCUACCAGAGGUAAAAAAGUGUGCGAGAGAGAAGGAAAGCAGACAUCUGAAGCUGAUGUACUGCCUCCCACGUCACUCAACGCCUCAUCGUCAUUGGACAAAGAUCUGUCCACGUUGUCGAGUGACGGUCAGCCAGAGAUCCAGAAGACUGAGGCAGAGGUGGAAGCAGCGGGCCGAGCCGACGUCGACGCUGCCUCAGCUGGGCAGGAGCCGCAGCCGGAGAACCCUAAGAACCUGGAAGGAUGUGUGGAGGCGGGAGAAGAGGAGAAGGAAGGACGGAGCAGGGUGGACAUUAAAGCUGUGAGUAAGCAGAGGAGGGAGCUCAUUGAACCUGAAGCAAAGCGAUCUCGUUCUCAGUCUCCUUGUGUCUCUGCUGACUUCAAACUGCCGGCAUUUAAACCCAACAACCCCCUCGGUCAGAACUUCGUGGUCCCCAAAUCAGUUUUUUUUUGUAAUCUCUGCUCUGUUUUCUACCUGAACGAGAGCACCACCAAGGACCUCCACUGCAGCAGCCAGAGACACUACGACAACCUGCAGAAACAUUACCAGAAGCUUCAACAGUCAAGAAGUUCAACACAAAGUUCUCAAGGCUCUGUUUCUGAAUGAUCCCAACUUCAAUACUGAUUUAUUUCUGUAUUGUUUGUAAAAAAAAAAAGUGAAAACAAGAAAAGAGAAAGCUUCGUUAAUCACUGUAGAGAUGAUCCAUGUUUGUUCAACUCCUAAUAUUCACAUAACAGUAGUGCAUGGAAACAUGCAUUAAUUAUCACUGUAUUUUGCAUAUAGUGACAACAACAAACCUAUUAUGUAAUCUGUAAAAAAGCAGGUUCCUCUUAGUGCUCUUUAUGGUGUUGUGCACUGCUUGUGCACACACUGAACAGCCCCCAUCCUCAUGCAUGCUCUCAAUCAGUCAUGCUCAAUAUCAGUGCGGCUUUAGAAGUUUUGCAAACACGAUGUCUGAGAAACAACCACCAGCAAUGAAAGAACUGCCCCUCCCUCCUUUGCCAACAGCAAGCAAGCAAGAGGGGGCUAGGUCCUGGCUAGGCUCCCGCUAUGGACACUAUGUGAGAUGAGAUUUCGCAGGGCAACCGGCUCCUUCUGCUGCCGUACAAAAUUGUGGGUUUGGUGGCCAGGGUUUUGCGGCAUGUUACGAGCAGCAGAGAGAGACAUGGAAGGUUUUGCAUUUUAUGUUCAGUUGUUACCGACUGCAGCUUUAACUGUGAAAAGAAUCAUAGAGAUUAUAUUAUGGGUUUGUUUUUGUGUUUCAUUCCUUCUAUCUAUCAAUUCUAGUAAAUCAUGAAUAAUGUAUUUUUUUUAUGUAGAAGUGUUUUUAAGAGAAAAUCAUUUUUAAGUCAGUUAUUAUUUAAACAUGUACCUGACACAGUAUCCUGUACUGAACUCAACAAUUCCUGUGGAGGGAAAGGUCACUGUUUGGUUUGAUUUGGUGUCACAAUUUUACUGUUUGCUUUGUUCUGUUUCUAUAAAACAUGAAUUAAAAUCUCGUAUGGCUUCUGAUGGUGGGUCUUUAACAGUGGGCUAAAUAAAUGAUUGAAUGAA